AUCUUCUCACUGGCACUGAGUGAGAACACAGCUGCCCCUGGAUCUGUAGCUCUGCUCCUUUCUCCCUGGAUCUCAUAUCACUCACUGCACUCCCCGAUCUGCUCCCCUGUCCCCUGGAUCUCAUACCACCCUGCACUCCCUAAUCUGCUCUCCUGUCCCCUGGAUCUCAUACCUGGCUCUCUCUCUGCUCCUUUCCCCCUGGAUCUCAUACCACCUUGCACUCCCUGAUCUGCUCUCCUGUCCCCUGGAUCUCAUACCUGGCUCUCUCUCUGCUCCUUUCCCCCUGGAUCUUAUACCACCCUGCGCUUCCUGAUCUGCGUUCCCUGGCUCUCCUGCUCUGCUCCUAACCCCCUGGAUCUCAUACCACUCACUGCACUCCCUGUUCUCCUGGUCUCUUCUCCUUUCCCCCUGGAUCUCAUACCACUAACUGCACUCCCUUAUCUCCUGCCCCUGUCCACCUGGAUCUCAUGCCUCCCUACAUUCCCUAAUCUGCUGCUCCUGACUCUCCUGGUCUCUGCUCUGCUCCUGUACCCCUGGAUCUCAUCCCUCCCUGCACCCCCUGAUCUGGUGCCCCUGGUUCCCCUGGUCUGUUCUCCUGUCCCCCUGGGUCUCAUACCUCCCAGCAUUCCUUGAUCUGCUGCCCCUGUCCCCCUAUAUCUCAUACCAACCUGCACUCCCUGAUCUGCUGCCCCUGUCCCUCUGGAUCUAUUACCACCCUGCACUCCCUGAUCGGCUGCCCCUGGUUCUCCUGGUAUCUGCUCCUGUCCCCCUGGUUCCCAUACCAACCUGAACCCCCUGAUCUGCUGUUCCUGGAACUGAUAUCAACCUACAUCCCCUGACCUGCUGUCCCUGGACCUGAUACCAACCUACACCCCCUGAUCUGCUGUCCCUGGACCUGAUACCAACCUACACCCCCUGAUCUGCCGUUCCUGGAUCUGAUACCACCCUGCACCCCCUGAUCUGCUGUUCCUGGAUCUGAUACCACCCUGCACCCCCUGAUCUGCUGUCCCUGAAUCUGAUACCACCCUGCACCCCCUGAUCUGCUGUCCCUGGAUCUGAUACCAACCUGAACCCCCUGAUCUGCUGUCCCUGGACCUGAUAUCAACCUACACCCCCUGAUCUGCUGUCCCUGGAUCUGAUACCAACCUGAACCCCCUGAUCUGCUGUCCCUGGACCUGAUAUCAACCUACACCCCCUGACCUGCUGUCCCUGGAUCUGAUCCCACCCUGCACCCCCUGACCUGCUGUCCCUGGACCUGAUACCAACCUACACCCCCUGAUCUGCUGUCCCUGGAUCUGAUACUACUCUACACCCCCUGAUCUGCUGUCCCUGGACCUGAUACCAACCUACACCCCCUGAUCUGCCGUUCCUGGAUCUGAUACCACCCUGCACCCCCUGAUCUGCUGACCCUGGACCUGACACCACCCUGCACCCCCUGAUCUGCUGUUCCUGGACCUGAUACCACCCUGCACCCCCUGAUCUGCUGUCUCUGGAUCUGAUACCACCCCGCACCCCCUGAUCUGCUGUCUCUGGAUCUGAUACCAUCCUGUACCCCCUGAUCUGCUGUCCCUGGAUCUGAUACCACCCUGCACCCCCUGAUCUGCUGUCCCUGGAUCUGAUACCACCCUGAACCCCCUGAUCUGCUGUCCCUGGGCCUGAUACCACCCUACACCCCCUGAUCUGCUGUCCCUGGACCUGAUACCACCCUGCACCCCCUGAUCUGCUGUCCCUGGACCUGAUACCACCCUGAACCCCCUGAUCUGCUGUCCCUGGACCUGAUACCACCCUGAACCCCCUGAUCUGCCGUUACUGGAUCUGAUACCACCCUGAACCCCCUGAUCUGCCGUCCCUGGACCUGAUACCACCCUGCACCCCCUGAUCUGCCGUUCCUGGAUCUGAUACCACCCUGCACCCCCUGAUCUGCUGUUCCUGGAUCUGAUACCACCCUGCACCCCCUGAUCUGCUGUCCCUGGACCUGAUACCACCCUGCACCCCCUGAUCUGCUGUUCCUGGAUCUGAUACCACCCUGCACCCCCUGAUCUGCCGUCCCUGGACCUGAUACCACCCUGCACCCCUUGAUCUGCUGUCCCUGGAUCUGAUACCACCCUGCACCCCCUGAUCUGCUGUCCCUGGAUCUGAUACCACCCUGCACCCCUUGAUCUGCUGUCCCUGGAUCUGAUACCACCCUGCACCCCCUGAUCUGCCGUUCCUGGGUCUCUGGCUCUCUUGGUCUCUGCAGUUUGCUGUUGCUGUGAGGACUGUCAGCCCAAUGCACAAAGCCAGCUUCCACUGUCUCACCAUGAAUCUGGAUACAAGAUGAGAGAAUGACAUCACUGACCGGAGUCGUUGCCACCCAGAAAUCCCAAUGGGUCUCUUUUAAUGAUGAUCCUAAAUUGCAAGGUGCGGUUAAGGAGGAGGAGGAACAGAGCAGGCCCCCUGGAACGUCCACCACACAUGAGCCACUCCAGGCAACCCAGGGCAGACCCGCUACAACCGAAGCUCUGUGCUCCCCUAAUGUGGAUGAAAUAGGGACAGAGGACCACGCGGAUGUGGCACCAAAUCCUAUGAAAUCUGACACUGUCACCUGGGUUCAGUUCGAAAAGACUCCACCUGCAACUCCUCUAGCCACAUGUACAACAGCAUCAGACUGGAGACCCCCCGCCCGCAGCUCGGCCAGAUGCCCCCGGCUGCCAGCACAGGGCAGCUUAGAAGACAGCAGCACAAGCGCGGGAGCCUCGUACACAGAGCCGUCGAUCGCCCACACUGAGGAUGGCGCCAGUGAAAACACCUCUGGGACGGGGUCUGCAGAUAACUCCUCUUUCCAGGAAGAUGAAGCGCUAGAUAUGGAGACCACUACUUGGCCAGCCAACAGCUGCACAGUCAACGGUCACACAGGAACAGUUACAAGGUCUCGAUUCCCAAGCUGGGUCACUUUUGAAGAUGAAACUAUUGCACCUUGUCCAAAGGAAUCGACGUCUAAACCAACAGACAGUCCGAAAUCACCUUCUACACCUGAGAGAACCUGCAAUGCCACUGGAUCCUUAAGAAAGAGAGAACGACCCAAAAGCUCACUGGUUGACCUUUCCAGGGCUCAGAGACUUGACUUCUCCUCGUUGCAUAGACAGCUCUCAUUAAAUUCCACUCCUACAAAGGCCCCUAAUCCUUUCCUAGAUGAGGCCUUAAAAGAUGUCCAGCCAUCCCCAAUCAAUCCAUUCAGCACCUUCUUUGAGGAGCAGGAGAGACGUUCUCAACACUCUUCAGUAUCCAGUGGGGCAGACUCAUGCCAAAGAAAUUCCAUCUCCAUCCUCGCUGAGGAACUUGAUACCGAACAGUUUGAAGACUAUCGGAAAAAGGCUUUGCAGGCUGACGCUGUUGAACAUCUCAAGCAGAUUCAAAUUGAAGACCCAGAUUCUCCUGGCAGCCCUACGUUACCUGAUGACCCUCUGAAAUUUGAUGAGCCUCUUGGUCCAUGUUUAACUUUUACUAAGCCUCAACCAAAGGAUGGCUGGCCGAUGAUGCUGAGAAUUCCAGAGAAAAAGAACAUUAUGUCUUCGAGACACUGGGGUCCCAUUUAUGUCAAAGUCACAGAGACUGGGUUCUUCCAGCUGUUUUACGAAAAGGGUUUGGAAAAGCCAUUCAGAGAAUUUCAGCUGGAAGUCAACCAUGAGAUUUCCGAUCCUAAACUUCAAAACUAUGAUGACAAUGGGAGGAUUCAUACAGUUCGCAUUGACCGGGUGCUGUAUAGGGAGAAACGGAAGUACCAGCCAAUGCCUCUUAUCACUCACACGGGAGAGAAAGAACAGGUUGUUAAGUUGGGAACAACAGACUAUUCAGACUUUAUAAGUAUCAUCUCCACAAUUCAAGAUGUUCUGUUUCACCGAGUUGCCACAGUAGACCUUAGCACUGUGCACCAAAGUUACAAUGAAGAGGAGAUCACUUUGGAUGUCAGAGAUGAAUUCCGGGGAAUUCUGGGCAAAGGAGACAACCAGCUUCUCCAACACUCUGUGGUCACACACAUUCACGUUCUCAGUUUCAUCUCAGGGAUGGCAGAUUGCAGGAUAGGGCUCAACGAUGUCCUCAUUAAAGGCAACGAAGUUGUCUCUAGACAUGACAUCAUGCCAACUACUACCACCAAGUGGGUGAGACUCCACGAUUGCCAAUUCCAUGCCUCAGCAGAUGAAGAAGCAUUCCACAGCUCCAGGAUGGUAGUGUUCACUCCAAUGGAUGCCUGCAGGUUUGAAUUAAUGAGGUUUAGGACAGUGUUUUCCGAAAAGACGUUGCCAUUCACACUCAGAACCCAGGCGUGUGUUCGUGGGGCUGAGGUUGAGCUACAAAGCUGGCUAGUCAUGUCCACAGGCUUCUCCUCUAACCGAGACAGUCUAUCACAAGUUCCCUGUGAAAAUGUCACUAUUCGACACCCAGUUCCUCAGGAGUGGGUAAAUUAUUUCCGGAGAGACAGUGUAUUAGGGGAGAGGUCUCUGAAGGCCAAAGUCAACAGGGAAGCCAGUUUUGGCUCUCCCAGCCUGUCUGGUUCCGAACCAGCCAUGAGAGUUACACUGGGAACGGCUAAAUAUGAGCAUGCCUACAAUGCCAUAGUGUGGCGAAUUAGCAGACUGCCUGAUAAAAACUCAGGAUGGGGCCACCCCCACUGCUUCUACUGCCGCCUGGAGCUGGGUUCGGACCGGGAGGUGCCCCAGAGCUUUGCCCGCCACGUGGAGGUAGAGUUCCACAUGCCCUCGGCCUCAGCCUCCAAGAUAGCUGUGCGCUCUAUGUCGGUGGAGGAGAGGAUGGAAAUCAAGAAGUGGGUGAACUAUUCUGCCCAUUACUUCUACAAGGUGGAAAUUGAGCAGAAGAAGACUCUGAACCCAGAUAUGGAGGGCGAAGCUGUAGAAAAUCCCGCGGAAUGUGUUACACAAUAGUUUCCAAGGGAAGCCAGUAAAUCAUUAUUGCUGACAGGAGACGGGCACACGGGUGUAACCAGCACCAGACCCACAGGGUGAUAACGUGCCCAGGGCCACGCACCAGUGUGCCACAAGUUCAAUGACAAGUAAUAAUUUGUAGGAUUGAAGCGCCGACGUCAUGUUGGCUAGGUAGCGACAUUAGAUGGAUGGCUUGUGCGCUAGGGACGGAAGCCCAGGGUGCCAGGCGUAGAGAAAAUAGUGCGUCGAGAACCAAGAAUCGGGAAGACGCAGCGACCUGUGCUAUGGAUAAACGCCAGAGAUGUGGAAUAGCGCACUGCGUGCCGGUGAGACCUUCAGAUCUGAGCAACCUAAAACAUGGCGAGCGAGGCUCUCCGAGCGACAUUCUUACACUUUCCGCAUCCUGUUCGUCAAAUGAACGUGGAAUAAUUUAGAGAAGAUGUAAUUUCUGCUUUGCCAGAUAGAAUAGCACCAACUUUACGGAGCGAUUCACAACGAGAGGAAGUUCUCAAACUGUUCUGACUUGAAGUUUGUAGGAAAAAUUGUCAUUGCGGAACUAAUUAGCUCAGGAGAGGCGGAUGCUAAAUGGGGACAAUUCUAGGAACUUCUGCGUAAAGGGCUAAAUCGUCUCAUGUAUCUGACAUUUUAUAGACUGGAGAGAUUUCUGCAGUCUUGUUCCUGUGAUUUAACGUAUCAAUUGCAGAGCUUUAUUAUGGCUGCAAAAGCGUCCCCGCCACGUGAUGAGUUCGCCCCCGAAUAUCACUUGACCUUUAUUUUGCUGGAGGUGGGGAGAGGCUCGGUCUUUUGCUCUGACUAAUGUCCAUCCGCACAAAACACCAGGACAUUGUGCAGAUCUGGGCUGUGAAUGGACCACUGUGUCUUGACAACGCUACAGUCAUCUGUUCCACCAACACUGGAUAUCAGCACAAUCCAUUCAGUUCCGAAGCCGCAAUCUGUACAACAAUUUAUAUGUGAUAACAGCUCCUGUCAUUUUCAGGCAUUUAGUAUGGGCUAGGUCUCUGUAGUAGCCAUCUCCUUACACUGUAAAUAUCCUGAUAAGCACAGAUAUUACCAGAGGGCUAGGUAAGUGCAGAGGCCCAGAAUCACGGCUCUUUUAGGUAGGUGCCUGGAACCGUCCUGUACUACGGCACCUCACGUGAGCACAAUAACCACUACCAGGUAUUACACACCCUGACAUAGACUCAUAGCACAAUAUACAGAAUAUCUAAGGCCAACCUGCAGGCUCAAACUACAACCACGUAGGCCCAUCUUUAUCUGCACUGGCCCUAAAGGGCCCCAUACACUAGAACGAUAAUGCCCGAUUUUAUCCGAUUUUGACUUUUCGGGCCGAUAAAUCGGAUGAAAAGUGGCAAAUUGGAUGUGUUUUACAUUCGAUCCGAUGCACGGCCCCGUUAGCAUCGGAUUAGAGCCCCUAGGUCGCGUUAGUGCUGCACUCGUGAUAUGUCAGAUCCCGCAUGGCAUGGCUGGGAUCGCAUACGAUACAUCGUAUGCAAAAGGACCACAUACGAUGUAUCCUAUGCGAUCCUGCCACCUGGGAAGCUGCCGGUUCAAGGGAAAUCGCAUCUGACUUUAGCCUCCGACAUGUUGCUGUAGUGUAUGGGGCCCUUAAGGCCGCCUCUCUUCUGUGCCCGCUGAAUGUUUAUACUCUAAUGUUGUGCAGCAGUGUUUCACUGAGCGCUGUUGUAAUGGGCUGGUGACCGUUUACAGCUUUUAUAUGUAUGUAAUUAUCAUCCUCAAUCUUUUGCCAUAAAAACGUAAUUUGUACACCCCCAGUCGUAGCAGACAGGAGUCUGAAUUCACCAGCACCCACCCCGCCUGCCGAGUGGAUCUGUGUGUCCCCGCACAUUAUAUGUUGUACUAUGGAGCAGUGUGUGUGUGUGUGUGUGUAUGUGUGUGUGUUUAGAUGUAUGUAAGUGAUCUGAUCUGUCGCUGCACGCAUUCAGCUGGAUCUUUAACUGCUGGAGGAAGCUUCGAUUUCACAGUGACAAGGAGGACAAGGCAUCAGCUUAUGUGCGCUGACCUAGAGAUGCAUUUACGAGAUCAGUUAUUUGUAGCAUGGGGAAGCUGCAAAUGUAAGCUAUAAAAGACACUGGGGGUCCAGGGGCUGCGUCCUGCAGCUUAUUGUACUCGUCCAUCUGAAAACUGGGGCUGUGUGAAGCUUCAGAGUUCGUGUGAGCAAGACCAGUCAGAAGCUGCAACCCCAGAAAUAGCACCGUCUCUUUAUACAAACUGCAGCGUCUGCUGCUAUGUUUAAAAGGCCGUCACCCGUACAGUGAAUCUGCUCUGAUUAUUGGGGGUCACUCUGACCCGAUGGCACGCUGCCGUUUUUCGCAGCGUAGCGUUCGGGUCAUAACUGCGCCGGCGCCGCAGUGCACCGGCGCAUGGCCGCCCGUUGCUGCGCUAUGAUCGCCUCUGAUGAUUGACAGAGGCAGUUGAUGGGCGGGAGUGGUUGAAUCGGCGGCGUUUGGCAGCCGUUUUGUGGGCGCGCUCCAGCCAACGCAGGCGUGGCUGGACCGUGCGGGGAGUGGGCCGCAGCGGCUGCGUGACGUCACCCGCAGCCACUGCGGGCCGGGGAGCGAUGAGUAGCUCCCGGCCAGCACGCUAAAGCUGCACUGGCUGGGAGCUACUCUUGAAGUGCAAAGGCAUCGCCGCUGUACGAUGCCUUUGCACUUCGGCGGGGGAGGGGGCGGCACUGACAUGCGGGGCGGACUAGCCCUGUGCUGGGCGUCCCCCCGCAUGUCUGAGUUUAUGAUCGUAGCUGUGCUAAAUUUAGCACCGCUACGAUCAACUCGGAAUGACCACUAUAGUGUGGAAAGGAGCAGCCUGCGCACUUGUGGUGGCCAUCAAGUCUCACGCCAUUAUGGCGGAUAUAGGGAUUUUUAUGAUGCUGGGCCUCACAGUUGGACACAAGGUCCAUUUGUUGAGUAAGAUCCAUACAUCUUUCCAUACUGCGCAUGUAUACCAAAAUGUGGUGGUAUUUAGUCUUAUGCAUGCCCCGUGGAGAUAUGACGGAAUCAGACAGCCCUAUAUACCCUUCUUAGGAGGCUUAUCCUCUGUGGGUACCAGAUGCCUGGUACAAAGGUACUAAUUCAGAUCUGAUCGCUAUUGUGCGAAAUCGCACAGCGGCCAAUUAUGGAAUGCGCAUGCGUAUGGGUCGUAAUGCGCGAGGCCAAACUGCGAAAAAAUCCUGUGUCUUUUUUGAUCGCUAGGCGAACGCAGGCUGAUUGACAGGAAGCGGACGUUUGUGGGUGGUAACUGGCCGUUUUCUGGAAGUGCCUGAAAAAAACCCACAGGUGUUCCCGAGCGUUUUCAGGGCGGGUGUGUGACGUCAGCUCCGGCCUAAUCAGACUGUUUCUGUCGCCCUGUAGGAGUAAGUCCUGGGCUACGCACAGACUGGAAAAAAUAUUCGAUGGCGAGUGAGAUUGCAAACGGAUUUGCAGCUUGCACAGCUUUUCGCACAGCGCGAUAUUUCACCAUGUCUGGGCGGUGACUAUCCGAUCGCAAACCUCUGCAAAUUCGCAGAGGAGCGAUCAGGUCUGAAUUAAGCCUACAGAUAUGUGGCGAUGAUGACAGCAGUGUUAUCUGAUUGGUUGAUACUACUUUAUUCACGAUCCUACCUGUUUCACUGUGUCAGGCUGCAGACCCUUAUACCCUCUGGACACUGCGGGAGAGAAGACUUCCAAUGAAUUUCAUGACCGGCAUGGGGUGUUUUUUGUAUUUGAUAACUUCUUGUAUGAAAAAUGCAACUUUCGUAUUUAUUAGUAACAGACGAGACACUAUUCUCUCUCAUGUAUAUGACACUUCAUUACGUGAUAUUGUGUAGAAAUAGGGCCAUCUAACUUUUGUAUUUAUUACUUAACGCUGUCAAGCUGCAUUUCUACGCUGUAGUUGGGAGGAACUGGACGGAGAUAUGUGCUUCAGACUCAACCUACGCUUCUCAGGCCGCCAUUUUUACGUAAACUCUAAGCGAGACCUUUUUGUAUUUAAAGACACACGUGCGCCAGACUUCCAUUCCAUGGCUACUGCGACAACACUAGGUGCAGGGGUGGUGACCUUACAGUGUUAGCGAAUAAUAAAACGCCUACUGAGUAAUACAGAACUGGGCAGGUAGAAUUUAAUUAAGCUACAUUCCCAUUUUAAUAAAUUCAUGGUUACGGGAAAAGAACUGUUAACCCCCCCCCCCCCCUCGCUGUAGCACUAAGGGUUAACUGUUCUGCAGAAUGUAGCAACAACAUAUACAGUAUUAUUGUAACAAAUCCAUCAAUCCACAAUACAUGUUGUGGAAAGUCAGGGCUCCAAAGUAGAUAGGUUAGAAACAAUUACUUGGAUAUUACAAUGGCUGGAGGUUCCAUUUUAUUGUAACGGCACUGGAUUCACUUUAAGAACCCUGACCUAGUGUAACUGGCUGCUAUACAUACAAAUGGGGUUAUAUCACAGCAUGCUUGCCUACCUUUAAUUUCUCCUCCCCGGGAGACUUCGGGGGGCGGGACCGGGCUGUGACAUCAUCAAGCCCCACCCCCACACCGGGAAAAGAUGCCGGGAAGGGGGCGAGGCUAAAAUGACGUGAUUUGCAUCAUUUUAACCCCUUCCCCACCCCACGGACCCGCGAAUACGGGAGAUUAUCUCACUAGGGUGCGAGCAGGAUGUGGGAGACCUGCCUCUUCCGGGGGUGUGGGGAGCUACCCCAAAAAACGGGAGCCUCCCGCAGCUUCUGGGAGAGUAGGCAAGUAUGUAUCAGAUGUUCUCAAAUGCAGUUCUCAAGGCACCCCAACGGUCCAGGUUUUAAAUGUAUCCAUGCUUGGCCACAGGUGACUUAAUUAGCACCUCAGUCAAUUUGAUUUAUCCAUCUGUGCUGGGCCAUCGAUAUACCUAAAUCCUGGACUGUUGGGAUGCCUUGAGGAUGGCGUUUUGGGAACCUCUGGAUUUUAUUAUUCUACAACUUGAAAGGUAAUGCACAUUACCCACUAUCUCCCCCGUGUGGCAUUAUAGCAAACUGCAGGAUGCUUGGUGAAGCAAGGACGUUUCCUACAAUGAACUGAGCGCGGCAUAGCACAAAGCUCCAGCAGAUACAGUUUUCUUGUUUUUAGCAUUUCCUUUAGGAAAUGAUACUACUGAUUGCUCUUUGCUUUAUGUGUAGAAAGGCGAAUAAAGCAUUAACAAGG